CUCGCCGGUGUGUUCGACGACGCGCAGUGCCGGCUGUUUCCCCCUUUCACCCCCGCCCCAACCACGCCGCCUCGCCGCUCCUGCGGCGAUGGGGUGCACGCCGGCUGUUCUCCAACAUCCCACCGGCGAGGUAUGCACGACGGUGGAUGGGGGUGUGGUGACCAACAACAUGCUCGCGCAACAAGAUCGUGCGAGCUCAAUGGCCACUUUCUCCCCCCACCCACCACCCGCCCCGCUCGCCGACGCGGCGGCCAUGGCGUGCAAUCGGCAGUCUAACUGGAAGCCGUCUGUUCCCCAAGAUCCCAUCCGCGAUGGAAACACGGCGGCGGAUGUGAUUGGUGUGUCCAACCACUUGCCCGCGCACAGCUGCACACCACCUUACGAGCUCGAUGUCCUACACAGAUCUCAUCCUCAGCUGCGGCUCGUCCACCGGAUCUCCCAUGGUGGAAAUCUCGUAAGUGUUCUCUUCCCCGUGCUGUUCGAAUGA